AUGAAAAUUUCUCAACUUUUGCUGGCUCUGCUACUGUCAUUAUUGUUAAUAAGUGAAGAUGUCGCGGAUGGUGGAGCAACGAUAGUGCCGGAUCAAGUUACCCCAAUAGCGGUUCCAACGCCUGCAAUACAGGCUACGACUAUCACUAUAGUUUCGAGUUCUUCAAUAGUUACAGUAACUAAUACUGCUCCGAACGACGCAAAUGGAAGUGGUGAUACGCCAAAUGGGAACAACGGUUCUGGUAACACCACUAAGACACUUAUUAUUGCUGGUGCAGUGGUUGCAGGAGUAAUCAUUAUUGGUGGCGCGUUUAUGGCGGUGAUUAGAUUUCGAAAUACGAGAGGGGAUUUUGGGGAUGACGACGGGGAAAUUGAUUUGAGUGGCAAUGCGUGGGAUCAUUCGAUAAACCAAUAUCACCAACGAAUAUGA